AUGGACGAUGCGACCGCAGACUUCUUCCAAAUCGCGGGGGAGCGCGAAUACUGGACCGGCUAUGACAUUGGCAGGGAGUUUGAGCUUGCAAAGAUUGAUGAUCACGACUGGAUCCCGGAGGAAACGAGGGCCAAGGUCUGCGAAUGGGCAAAGACGAAGACGGUCCCAGAUCGACCCCGCGAUGACGGCCGGGGCAAACUGUACAGACCCAUCGUCGACCCGUACGAGAUCCGGGUACUCGAGGUCAAGCCGGGCGCUAAGGGGGAUAAACUGCGCGGCUCUCUACACCACUGCUCGGUCGAAUACGUCGACCCCGAACCAUACAACCAGUCCUUCAUCAGGGUGCGCUACGCGCUCUCGAUGGAAGAUCUCGUCACCCCAAUCUCCUACACCGCAUUGAGCUACACCUGGGGCGAGCCCAUCUUCGACGCAAUGAUCGAAUGCGACGGCCACGAAAAAGCAAUCACCAAGUCCCUCGAGUCGGCCCUCCUCCAUUUCCGCAGAGAGGACGAAUCUGUGGUGCUGUGGAUCGAUCAGAUCUGCAUCGACCAGAGCAAUAACGACGAAAAGGGGCAGCAGAUCCCCCUAAUGUCCAGGAUCUACCAGCGCGCCACCAACACCGCGAUCUGGCUCGGUGAAGCCAGUGAAGGCUCUGACGUGGCGAUCAAGCUCCUUGAGGAGGUCAACAUCCGGUUGCAGUUUACGACGGAAGACGACAUCGACCCGAAGGAGUUCGAAAGGAUGCGCCUACCGGCGCCUGAAUCGAAGGACUGGAGUGCUCUGUGGGACUUGCUCUCGCGGCAGUGGUUCACGAGGGUAUGGAUCAUCCAAGAGGUUAUUCUCUCGAGGGACCCAUGGGUUGCUUGUGGUGAUUCACUCAUCACUUGGGAGAAUCUAUCCAGCGGGUGUAUGCAACUUGUCACGACUGGAAUCUCGGCGUGGCUUCGGAAGGAGGCUGCGAAGGGGCCUGCGAAAGGCAGUAAAAUGGAUGAUCGAGGAGAUAUGUGCGAGCUGGCAUGGCAGCUUCACCGGAUGAAGCAGUCGGCCCAGGACAGUGAUAAUACACUGGUGCCGUUGCUCGUGCAGUCCCGUGGGGCGCAGUGCUAUGAUUCGAGAGACAAGGUAUACGGAUUGCUUGGGGUGGUCAACGAGGAUCAUCAGGCUGCGGUGAAGGUCAGCUACGCGGACGACUUCCCUGCUACGAAGCUGUACCAGCAAGUCGUGGCGCACCAUGUUUCUCAACAUCCCACGAGAUGGGCACUGCACGAGGUCCUGGCAUGCGUGGACCAUGAUUCGCCCCAUUUGCCUUCUUGGGUCCCGGAUUGGAGCAGACCUCGUCUGACAGUUGCGUUGGGAUACACGACUGCUUCUCAGGGUAUUUACAGAGCCCAUGGGACAUUUGAGCGGAAGAUGUGGAUUAGCGAGGAUUUCAAAGACUGGGAACGGUUGCCAGUACGAGGCGACGAGAUGUCUGUGCAAGGGUUCCUCAUCGAUACCAUCUCUACGACCAGUCGGGUUAUCGAGAACCCUGAUCUUACGUUCGAGGACCCAAUGAACGGCAAUCAGACACUGCUCGAAGUCUUGAAAUUCGUUUCUGAGAUGGUGACGUACCCGCAGCCGCACACGCUGUUCUCUGUGCUGUGUCAGACACUCGUGGCGGGGAGGAAUGACACCGGGAAGCAGAAGUGUCCACAGUCGUACGAAGAGAUCAUCAGCCUUUUGCUGGACGCGUCAACUGGCAUGGAACCUUCCAUCUCUGGACAGACAUAUACCGCGCGACAGAAGAAGCCCAAAGGAAGAGGCAGGCUAGAGUUGGAGAGGCUGAAAGACCACAAGGUGGGAUCUGCUGGAGAUACGUUCCAAGAGCUUCGCACGGCGAUGGUUAAUGCGUUGAAGAAUCGGAAGUUGGGCACCACCGAGAAGGGCCAUCUGGGAUUGUUCCUUGGGCAUGCUAACGUUGGGGACCAAGUGUACGUGCUGGAGAAUUGUCAUGUGCCGUUCGUGAUGAGAAAGAUAGAAGGCGGGAGGUUUCGGCUUGUGGGGGAGUGCUACGUGCAUGGGAUGAUGCAUGGGGAGGCUAUUGGCUCAGAUGCAAGUUUGACUGAGAUGGUUCUCGUUUAG